AUGGAGUUGUUCCCGCUUCUUGUUACCAUUCUGGUAAUUGCGGUAAUAAUCGGCUAUGCCGACAGCUUCGUGCAUCCUCUGAUUAAGUUCCUGCCGUGGGACCUUCCCAUUAUUGGUGGACUGACCUUUACCGGUGUAGGCCUCAUCGUUCUCGCCCUCCUCUUCUAUCUCACGGGACUGGCUGUAUCCUCCCGCAUUGGUCGCGGUUCCUUUAGGUUCGCCGGGAAAGUUAUGAACCGUACUCCGGUGGUGGGUGCCAUCUACGGUCUUACCCAAACCGUUGCUACAGUAAUGUCCUCCCAGUACCGCUUUAGCCGUGUCGUGUUUAUCGAGUGGCCCCGGGACGGCAUGAUUGCCCUGGGUUUCGUGACUGGCCGGGCAGUUUCAACCACAGGCGAGUCUGUGGUAAUCGUUUACGUGCCCACCGUGCCCAAUCCCACCUCCGGCAACAUGGCCAUCGUAGUUGAGGACGACGUCUUCGAAACCGAUAUGACCGUCGAAGAGGCAAUGAAGAUGGUAUUCUCCGGGGGCAUUGUCAUUCCGGAGUCCCUUGCCUUUGCCAGACUGCCCCGGGAAAAGGGCCCCACGAGUUUGUGGGACGCUUCGAAGCCUCGAAUUAGCUAG